UUUCUUAUUUCAAAAUAAAAAUAUUUGGUUAGCAGAUUCCAAAAUCUAAAACAAAAUAUUUAUUUUUUAAUGAUGAUAAUAAAUUAGUUGCUGGAAAAUACCUCUAGGCUUUAGGGGUAGUCUCUAUGUAGCACUAGAGUAUAAAUUUACGAGUGAAAGCUGGUCCUUAGCAGUUUUAUUUUUAUUUCGAAGUAUUUAAUAGUUAGUAAACAUGAGUCGUGUGAGUCAAGCUCAGAUGAAGAAGCUGCUGGACCUGCUGAGUGAGGAUGGGGUCCUGGUGGACGGCAGGGUCAUGUACACAAACACCAACAAGCAGAACUUCUGGAAGCGAAUCGCGAUGCAGCUGAACGCCGUCGAGGGUGGAGUUUAUAAGAACACUUGGAAGUGGUGUAAAAUGUGGGCCGAUUGGAAGAACAAGACAAAGAAGAAAGCCAAUAUAUUGCUCUGCAGAAAGACUUAUGGCAUGGAACAACCCACACCUACAUUGACUGAUUUAGAACUUAGACUCCUAAAGAUGAUCAACUACCCCAUUGCUGAUAAGGAAGAUGCCAUGACUUUGGAAAUGGUAGUAAGUAAAGAAGAGGUAGCAGAGCCCGUGGAUGAAUUUCAGGCUCAAUUCUUAAACCAUGAGUAUGGGGAUGAAGGAAAAACAUCAUCAGAUGAGGAUGAAGAAAAGGAGGAAUUAGGCUGCUAUGAUCCAGUUGAAAGUAAAUUCUGUGAUGUAGAUGAUAUUAUGCAAGAUGAAAAAUUAGAAGAAGAAAACCAAGAGGAAGAGUCUUCAGAUUCCCAAAAAGUUAAUUUAAUAGUUUCAGAAAAAGUAUACAAAAAAAGAAAAGUCUCUUUAGAAGAAUAUAAAGUUAGAACAACAUUAAAAAUUGAAAAGGAAAGAGUGCAGCAGAAGAGUGAAGAAUUAAGGCUGAGAGCAAUAGAAUUAAAAUUAAAAGGAGAAGAAUUAAGACUGAAAGAGAUUGAGAUGACCAAAAUUAACUAUAUGACAACCAUUGAAGAGGAGAAACUCAAGUGCUUUAGAGAUAUCUCAUCAUCCUUAAGAGAAUUAACGGAAAGAACCAGACACAGCAACUCACGCUACCACAAUGUUAUUUAGUUAUUGUCAGAAACAAAAAAAAAAUGUUGUAAAAAAUACUAAAUAUUGUAAUAUGAAUUAUAUUUUCUAGUAAUGAAAA